UGUGUAAAAAUAGAGAAAUCGCCACCGCAAGAAUAGGGGUGGAAGUCAUGUAAAGCCUCAGGAGUUUCAAGCUUCCCUUCCCAAUCAUAAAGGACAAUUUAAUGCAUAAACAAGACUUCAGCACUGACGACAAUCUGAAAAGGAAGAUUUUUCAAGGAAGGAGAGUUGAACUUUUCUAUCUACUCAUUUCAGUUAAUGAUUGAUGAGCUAAUGUAUAACAGGAGCCAAAGUCUGCAUAAGGCACUCAGACCUCCAUCACCUGCAAAAGAACUGGGCAAUUCCCCAUGAGCCUGCAUGAUUCAAGAUCUCCUCGCCUCAGCAGGAUGCUCUGGCUUUCAUGGGUAGUUUUCUCUCUAUUUCUGACAUUAGCAUCCGCGAACAAUAGCCCAAAGUUCAACAUGAACAGCACCUUUAUGUUGCCAGAAGACACACCUAUAGGCACCUUGGUUUUUCAGUUGGUGGCAGAGGAUGUUGAAAAUGAUACAUUAUACUACAGCAUUGGGGGUGAAAAUGCUUACUACUUCUCACUUGAUAGUAGAACAGGCAAUGUGAUGCUGAAGCAAUCUGUGGAUUAUGAGCAAACAAAAGUUAUCCUGCUCAAUGUGGAAGUGACAGACAAGAUAACUUUACCAACCUCUAAAAAAAUCACUAUCAUUAUAAAUGACCGGAAUGACAAUAAACCAAUAUUCCAGAAUGAACCUUAUCUGAUAGAUGUCCUUGAGAACACAACAAUUGGUACCCCAAUCUAUGAUGUGAGAGCUGUGGAUAUUGAUAGUGAAAAUGCUGGACAGGUAUCCUAUAAAAUCAUAGAGGUCAUUCCAAACAAUGCAGAGAAUCGUCAGCUUUUUUACAUUCUGCAAAAUGGCACUGUGGUGUUGAACGGCUCACUCAGUUACAACAAUAAGAGCACUUUCUAUCGAAUCAAGAUCUUUGCUACGGACAAUGGAGGAUUGUGGAAUGGUUUUUUAAUCUACCAGAACAAUACGGCUUAUAUAUCUGUGACAGUUAUUGAUGUUCCAGAUCUGGAUCCAGAGUUUUUGGGAGAGCCAUAUGUAGCCUCAGUGUCAGAGAACUGCCCUCUGGGUACUCCUAUAAUGACAGUAUUGGCCAUUGACAAGGACAAAGAUGUGAAUGAUAUAAUCCUUUACAGUCUCAUCAAUGCCAGUAACCUGUUUACAGUGAACCAGACCACAGGAGUCAUCACUGUGAGUAGUGACCUGGACCGAGAAGGCGUGCCAGGUGAAGAGGUGCAAUUUCAGAUUGUUGCUCAAGAAAAAAACUUGAACAUUUACCAUCAAGUGGUACAAGUGACUUCCCAGGUGACCAUCCAUAUCACUGAUAUCAACGAUCACAAACCUCAGUUUUAUUUAUGCACGGGUCCUCCCUGCAACUUCACAGGCCCUACAGAGGUCAAUGUUUCAGGUCAGAUUGAGGAACAUGCUUCUGCCAGAACAUCUGUGGCCAACCUCAGCAUUGUAGCCUAUGAUCCUGACAAGGGUGAAAAUGGGACUUUCCAGCUGUUCCUGAGAGGUCCUGAUGCACUGGCAUUCUCAGUGUCACCCAGGCAGAUUGUAAAUGAAGGCACUGUUCAAGUGCUGGUGAGAAAUUCAAGCCUUGUGGAUUAUGAAACCAGAACUACUAUGAGUGUGGAGAUUGUAGCAAAUGAUACUAGAAGGACAGUUGAUUGCUGCUCUUUUGCCACGGUGACCAUCCAUCUUCUUGACAUCAAUGAUCACAGGCCUGAAUUCAGACAGACUGACUACAAGCUCUUUGUAUUGGAAGAGAGCCCACCUGGUUUUAUUGUAGCUUCUAAUAUCACAGCCACUGAUCCAGAUAGUGGAAAGUUUGGUGAGAUCACCUACCAAUUACUGCCUAAGAACAUCCAAUCAGAUUUCACUGUGAAUUCAAUGAACGGUACAAUAUUUGUGGCCAAUGGCAGUAAAAUAAAUUGGGGGAUGCGCAAUGUCUAUUAUGCCACUUUGCAAGCAAUGGAUGGUGACGGGCUGAUUGGUUCUACCCAAUUGGAGAUCACAGUGAUUGACAUCAACAACAAUCGUCCAGUUGUGAUAGGUUCCUACAACUUCAUGGUCAUUGACGGCAACACCAUCGAGCCUUUCAGGAUCGAGGCCAAUGAUCAGGAUAAGCCAGAAACCAAUAAUAGCUAUUUGCAUUAUGAAAUUAUGCCUAGCAAUUUCAGCAUCAACUUCACUAUUAACCCAGAUACUGGAGAUGUGGUCAGCAAAGGGCCCUUGGACCGAGAAGCUAUUCCUGUGGAGCUCAAUGGGAAGAUAGUGGUGACAAUACUUGUAGAAGACUUGGGGAUCCCUCAGUUGAACACCACGGUCAAUGUCACCAUCACUGUGGAGGACAAAAAUGACAAUGCACCCAGCUUCAGCAGUUCAAAUUAUGAAUUCUCUGUUUAUGAAGACUUGCAAGGUGCCUUGGUUGGAGUUGUGGAAGCCAGAGAUGCUGAUCAAACACAAAUUCACAACCGUAUUUCAUUCUACAUUAAUAGCAGCACAGGCUCAAACAACUUUCUAAUUCGCUCAAGAGCCCAGGGAUCUGGCUGGUAUCAGGGCAUGUUGUCUUUAGACCCAGAAAGUGUUCUUGACUAUGACAAAAUGCAGGAGAAGUUCUACAAUCUCAUUCUACGGGCUGAAAAUUCAGACUUAGGGGAAACAGUGGAAGCUGCCAUUGCCAUGGUGAGGGUGUAUGUGCUAGAUGUCAACGAUGAGUCCCCAACCAUUGUACCAUUUCCACCAGAAAACAUUCACAUUACAGAGAAUGAAAAACUACAUACAUUAGUAGCUGAGCUGGAGGCUACUGAUAAGGACACCAACCACUCAUUAGUAUUCCAGGAGUUGGCUGUUGCAUGUUUCAACAGUACAGGCAGUGUAGGCAAUAUAUGUCACCACUGGUUCCACCUAGUAGCCAAUGGAUCACUUUUUGUGACUAGUUCAGAUAUAGACUAUGAACUGUGCACCCAAGUGGAAAUCACACUGCGUGUUAAGGAUGAGUUCACUGCAGUAGGAAAUCCCUACAGUAGAAAUGAGACUCUGGUCAUCUUAAUUGAUGAUGCAAAUGACAACGCACCCCAGUUUUAUCCUGUCAACGACACCUUUGUAAUAAUCCCAGAACUCUCUCCAGUUGACCUGUCUGUGGCUGAGGUCAAGGCCAAGGAUGCCGAUUCAGGUGAAAAUGGUGUGAUUACAUUUAGCAUCUCCGAGAUAGUUUUCAUUCAGGACAAAGAAGAUGAACAGAAGUUUCCCGGUGUUUUCAAAGUGGCAAAAACAAUGGAGAAGGAUAUCUCUAUGGGAAUCAUCCGAAUAGCAAGCAGCCUUAAUAGCAUGUUGGAAGGCCAAUAUCGGGUGAAAGUGGAAGCCAAAGACAAUGGAACUCAAGCCCUAAGCAAUUUCAUGUCACUGGAUCUCUUCAGUGUGGCUAAGAGUUACCGUAUAAAACUGAAAUUUGGUAUCGCUUUAAAGGAACUGCAGGAUAACUCGAAUGAUAUCAAAAGAAUUCUGAGCAAAGCAACUGGAACAACAGUCUACAUAGCAGCAAUCUAUACAGACGAUUCAUCAACCUCCAAAUCUGAAAGGGCUCCGGAGAAGACUGCAAUGGAUGCCUAUUUUGUUUACAAGAAUGGCACAGCUCUGACUGAUGAACAUGUGCUCAUGCUCAUUCGAAGAAACCCGGAACAGUUAGAACAACUUACCAGUCUUGGCUUGUCGGUCAUUGGUCCUGCAGAUGUGAAAGAACCUAAGAAAGACAUGGAGUUGUUUGGUAUUAUUAUAGGGUUGACAGCAGCUGUCUUCAUCCUCCUCCUCAUCCUGACUGGGACAGUAAUUGGCAUGAGAAAAAGUUAUACAAGGAAGUUGAAGGCACUCAAAGCUUUGAAGGUGGCUUCACAUUUCUCAGCCAAUGAAGUGCAGCAAGGACCUGCCAUCCCUGGGACCAAUAAAUAUAAUGCAGAAGGGGCUAAUCCUGUGCUUGGUUUCUCCUUGGAUCCUUCUAUGAACUUUGAGGAAAACGCCAGUUCUGAGGUGGCCAGCCUGAACUCUCUGGAUGAAAACAUGGUUGAUGCUGCACACGACUUAUUUCCUGCUAAACUGAAACUGGACAAAACAGAUGCUCAGCAGGAAAUAAACAAUUGGGAAGAGCCCUUGAAAGCUGCUUUAGACAGCCAUAGGAAGUACAAGCCACUGCAGCAAGGGAACUUCAAACAGGCACCUCUAGACUUUGGAAACUCUUCUUUGAAUACUACAGAAAUGUGACUGUGCCCAUUUCCUUCUGGCAAAACAAUGUCCCAAAUGUAUAGCAGCUGUGACCUGAAGAUGCUGAAAUACUAAUGAAAUAAAUUAUAAAACAUUGGGA